GAUACUUAGUGUUUCGUACUUCCAGUCCACAGGACAAAGAGAAGCAGAUGCUAAACAUAGUGUGAGCUUAAAAUUUCACACACAGAUUAAACAUUAAACCGGCGUCCCUCAAAGGGAGGAGUCUCUCUGUUGUCAGAAUAAAUGUUUGAACGUACAGUACUUCCACUUUUACCUUUCUCUGUGUGGGUGACUGCUGGCUGACCAAAUGGGAAAGAGACACAACAUGAGAUCAAAUACAGGUUUGGAGGAAGUCAUAGGCAUGACAGAGAAAUUUACAUUUAAUCCUAAAGAAGGAAUAGACAACCCAGUGAUGGUCAUUACAGACGAUGCAGACUCUGUGUCCACACCCAGCCCACGCCUGUGUGUCCUUAAACGAGAAGAAGGGGAGUCCUACAGCUUCCAUCUGCGGGUGGAGAAGGGACGCCUGGGUCACAUAAUCAGAAAUGUCGAGCUGGGAGGGGUUGCGAGGAGCAGCGGCCUUCAAGAUGGAGACCGGCUUUUGGAAGUCAACAACUACUAUGUAGAUGAUGUGUCUCACCCAGAGGUGGCUCGUAAGAUAAAGCUAAGUGGACACCAGUUAUGUUUACUGGUGUUGAACGGGGAGGAGUAUGAGCAGGCUGUGUCCAGAGGUCUAGAUAUCCGAGGCUUGGCCAACAAGCUCAAGAGAGAGGACUGCAAACCACCCAGACUGUGCCACAUCACCAGGGAUCCUGUCUCAGGUCUGGGCAUCACCUUCACACCCCUGGCAGGAGAGAAAGGCCGCUUCUGUGUGAGCCUGGUCGCAGGAGGAGCAGCUGAAAAGGCAGGAGUGUGUAAAGGAGAUCACCUGGUGUGGAUGAAUGGAGCGACAGUGUCCGAUCUCACACACUCUGCACUCAGCAGGAUGAUGAAAAAAUGUGGCAAUCACAUCACCAUUCUAGUGAUUGACAGUGAGAGUGAGAAGCAUUACAUACAACAGAGGAUGCCCAUUCUGCCCAGCAUGGCUGUUCCACACAACCUGCCUUACAGAGCCAGAAAACUCCACCUGGCAUCAGGACCCGAGGGCUACGGCUUCCUCCUCCGGCUGGAGAAGUCGGCAUCAGGACGCAAAUCUCAUGUUCUGCGUGAGAUGGAUAGCGGCGGUCCAGCAGAGAAGGCCGGUAUGAAGGACGGAGAGCUGCUGCUGGAGGUCAACGAUGAGUUAGUGGAGUCACUGCAGCACGAGGAGAUCGUGGACAGAGUGAGACAGAGUGGAGAGCAGGUCUCCCUCACCACCAUCACUCUCCAGGGGCUGGACUUUUACACCAAGUUGGGUCUCUCCCCUCUUCUCUUCUGUGUGGAUGGUGCUGAGGAGAAAGAAAAGGAGAGCAGCACGUCAGCUCCUGCAGCAGUGCUGUCACCACAACAGGAAAUGGAUGGCGUGUGCAACACCAGACUCUGCUCUGUCCAAAAAGGGCCUUUGGGAUUUGGUUUUAACCUGGGCUACGUCCCACAGUUUCCUGGGACGUUCAUCAGCCAGGUGGCUUUUGGGGGUUCUGGGCAGAGUGCAGGAUUACUGGUGGGUGAUGUGGUGAUGGAAGUCAACGGAAAAAAUGUGGAAGAGAAGCUUCUGGAGGACGUGAUUAUGCUUGUGAAGGAAGGAGGACAUUUUAUUUCCUUACUGGUUAUGGAUAAGACCAGCUACAGUAAGCGGAAGCAGACUGACACACCGAGUAAAGAUACCACUGACAGUGAGCAGGACGAAGACAACUAUGAGAUUUCGUCUUUGUGAGCAGCAGAGACACCAUUCUGAGGACAUUCAUCCAUCCCAUGUCUACUGAAGAGACUUCAGACUGAGCUGAACAAGAAGAUACUUGCCUAUUAUUAUUAUUAUUAUUAUUAUUAUUAUUAUUAUUAUUAUAUUGGUCAAGAUUACCUCAAUCUUAAUGUAAGGGUUUCACAAAGGAAUCCAAGAGAAAUAGAUAAAACAAGAUAAAUGAAUAUUAACUGUACAAAACCACAAAGAAACACUGUAAUAUGUAUAUGUGUGUAUUAUGAAUUAUGCAUUUCUUCACUGUAGGAUUCAUCUAGCGUUGUCUUUUUAUUUGUCUGAUCUCAGUCAGAUAAAUACAGAACAAAUAAAACACUCCAUAUCUUAAAGGACUAUAUUCUCUAUAAACAAAUUGUCAUAUUGUACUGAGAUGAAUGGAAACCAGUGGCUUUGUGGAAUCAGAAACACAUUUGGAAAUCUUUUUUUUUUUUUCCGAAAAUGAUCAGUAACAAUGGAAAGUACUGGGGAUAAAUUAAAAACAAACAUACUGGUAUGACCUUGUCCAUAAAAGUGUUAAUGAUAUUGUUUUAGGUGCUGUGGAGGGUUAUGUGUUAUGUUGCACAAGAUAAGUUAUCUAACUGAUGUUUCUAGGAAUUCACCAACCAUUCAUCAUGUUAGACCCUUUAUGACAUAACCUAAUACAUAACACAUUAAAGGGCCAUGUGACAAUGCAUGUAAGCAUAACAAAAGACACGUUUCCAGACAAAUGCAAGUGUGGUGAUGUUCACAAUUGGUGUUUCAGAAGAUUUUCCUGUAGCUGAACUGAAGAAAGUAUGCUAUAGUCUAAGUGACCAUGAUUUAAUUUUGCUUGUUGAGAUCUUGGCUGAUUUGUGAACAAAUAGAUAAAUCAUGCCCUGGGGAAAGGACCCUGUCCACUCUAAGUGAAGUGGUUUUAAUUCUGAUUUUAUUAUUUCACAUUACAAAUCUUACGAGCUUAAAAUAUUUCUCACAAUGAUACAAUUUGAAACUGAGAAUAGUCAGUAAAACAGUGCAACAGGAACAAAGUGCAGAAGUGACAAAGAAAAAUAAAAUAAUAUUUUUUAAAUUUCUAUCUGGGGUCAGAUUAAAUGAAAGGUCUGAUAAUCAUUCAUAAAGAAAAGAAGCAUUUUUAAGUCUCAUCAAUUUCAACCAAUCUAAGAAAAUUGAUAAUUCUGUGGCCUUGAAAGGUAUACAGGUGC